AUGGAUGAAUUGGAGCGUCUUUCGUUGGUUUCGAAAGUAUGCGUCGAGCUGGAGAAUCAUUUUAAUAUGGGUGAUAAAGAUGUUGCGGAAUUUAUUAUCCAUUUGGCCGAAGAAAAUCCAACUUUUGACAAAUUUAAGAAGGCAAUCACUCGUGAAGGUCUCGGUGAUCAGGUAUCUCAUUCCCUAUCUUUUCUGAAAGUCAAUUUUUUCUCGUUUGACGAUUCAUUGUUGGCCAACUUGCUACGACUGAUCAAUCAUAUGCUACCGAAACCGAAAGAUUCCUCGGUGAAUUUCGUGAAAACGAUGGCGGACGAUAAAGAUUUACUAAAAGCUCAACUACCGGCACUUGCGAUGCCAAACACGAUGAAUACGGACUCAUUGAUGGAACAGUUGGAAGGUCUUCAACCGAAAUGGAAACGAGAAAAGGAGCAAGCGAUCAAGACUGAACAUCAGCAAAAGACUGAGAAGAGCAGGUCAAGACGUGACCGAUCUAAAUCGAGAAGUCGUAGCACUGAACGGAAUUCCUCGAAACGGAAUCGAAACGAUCAAGCGAAUGGAAAGGAUCGAAGAAGACAUGCGAGAAGUUCAAGUCGGGAUAGGGAUAGGGAUAGACGAAGCACACGUGAUUCGAGCAGAGAACGGGACCGAAAACGAAGGCGUAGAUCUAGAUCAGGCUCCAAUGAACGACGGUCGCGUUCACCUCCAUAUCGGAGUGGAGCCGAUCGUCGUGGCAAGCGAGAUCGAAGCGCAGAACGAUACUCGGGAAAUCGUUCGAAAGUAAACGAAAAAAUGGAAGAUGAACCAUCAGUUGAUAAGAUAUACAACGGACGUGUGAACAGCAUCCAAAGUUUUGGUGCUUUCGUUCAGUUGGAAGGAUUUCGUCAGCGUUUCGAAGGUCUUCUGCACAUUUCACAAAUCAAGAACGAACGUGUGAAUGCAGUUGCGGAUGUAUUGAGCAGAGGACAGAAGAUUAAAGUGAAGGUGCUGAAAUAUGAGAACGGAUCAUUAGAUGUAAUCGUGUUCGAUUAUGGAAUAAUAUUCUGCAUGUUUAGUACAAAGAGUCGUGUAAGACUGACCACACCAGAACGGUGGGAGCUGAGACAAAUGCAAGGUGGAGGUGCGAUCACGAAUAUGGACUUGCCUGAUUUUGACGAAGAAUUGGGAGUGCUGAAGAAUUUCGAUGGUAUGAAUUUGAUGAUUUUUUUGUUGUUAUUUCACGAUUCAUUUGAUUUUUUAGACGAGAGUGACGGUGAAGAUAUCGAAAUUGAACUGGUUGAAGACGAUCCUGAAUUUUUGAAAGGUUACGGAAAACAUACUGUUGACUUGGAACCAGUUAAAGUUGUGAAAAAUCCAGAUGGAAGUCUUGCGCAAGCAGCACUUAUGCAGGUAGUGUUGAGUCUCGCCACAUUCAUGCUGAACCAAUCGUUACAGGGUGCACUAGCAAAAGAACGACGUGAUCAGAAGAUCCAAGCGCAACGCGAAGAGGAAUCGCACCAUCAACGAGGCGGUGGCCUAACGUCAAGUGCACGUAUCAAUGAUCCGAUGGCAGAUAUGUCAUUCCAGACCUCUUCAGCGGACGCACCUGGACCAAGUCAGCGGCAACGGUAUAUUUUGUUUAAGGAAAUGCCCGAAUGGAUGAAACAUGUGACGGCCGGAGGAAAGGCCACAUACGGCAAACGAACAACCCUGUCAAUCAAAGAGCAACGACAGUCACUUCCGAUCUUCGCUCUGAAAAAAGCGCUCAUGGAAGCGAUUGCUGCGAAUAAUAUUCUGAUUGUAAUCGGUGAGACUGGAUCCGGAAAAACCACUCAAAUAACGCAGUAUAUGGUUGAGUCGGGUUAUGCGGCCAGAGGGCGUAUUGGAUGUACACAACCUCGUCGUGUAGCAGCAAUGUCAGUGGCGAAACGUGUUAGUGAGGAGUUUGGUUGCCGUCUUGGAUCAGAAGUGGGUUACACGAUUCGAUUUGAAGACUGUACAAGUCCAGACACAAUCAUCAAGUACAUGACAGAAGGUAUGUUGCUACGGGAAUGUUUAUUGGAUCCAGAUUUAACGAAUUAUUCGGUGAUUAUGCUUGAUGAAGCACACGAAAGGACCGUUCAUACGGAUGUCUUAUUUGGACUCUUGAAGACGGCCAUCAAGAAAAGACCCGAGCUGAAGCUUAUCGUCACCAGAAAAUUUGUGUUCAUUUUUUCUUUUCAGAUGGCAGAAUUUCCACUCGAGCCAAGCUUAGCGAAGUUACUUAUAAUGUCAGUGGACUUGUGCUGCUCAGAUGAGGUUUUGACGAUCGUCUCGAUGCUUUCCGUGCAAAAUGUUUUCUACAGACCAAAGGAUAAGCAAGAGGUGGCCGAUCAGAAGAAGUCGAAAUUUCAUCAGCCGGAAGGAGAUCAUUUGACGUUAUUAGCUGUUUAUAACUCAUGGAAACAUCACCAUUUCUCACAAGCAUGGUGCUACGAGAACUUUGUGCAGAUUCGAACACUGAAACGAGCACAGGAUAUUCGAAAGCAGUUGUUAUCAAUAAUGGAUCGUCAUAAGCUGAACACAAUUAGUUGUGGACGUGAUGUGCAAAGGAUUCAGAAGGCCAUCUGUUCGGGUUUCUUUAGAAAUGCGGCCAAACGGGAUCCACAAGAAGGUUAUCGUACACUGGUGGAUGGUCAGAAUGUAUACAUCCAUCCGUCGAGUGCACUCUUCCAGAAUCAGCCCGAAUGGGUGGUGUAUCACGAGUUGGUGAUGACCAGUAAAGAGUAUAUGCGUGAGGUGACUGCAAUUGAUCCGAAAUGGCUGGUGGAAUUUGCGCCAUCCUUCUUCAAGAUGGGCGACAGUACAAAGUUGUCAGCGUUCAAGAAGAAUCAAACGAUCGCGCCACUUUUCAACAAAUACGAAGAUCCGAAUGCAUGGCGUAUCACUCGUCUCAAGAAGAAGAUCUACAAUCCAAACAGAUAA